AUGCUAGUUCCACCCCUCAAUUACUCGAUGGUCGAUAUUGGGAUAUUUCGAUGUUCAAGAUUAGACGCCAUCAAUAUAUCAUUCUUGAAGUCGCUUAGUUUGAAUACCAUCUUGUGGAUCAACGAGGAGAAACCCCCACGUGCUAUACGACAUUUCAUCGAGGAACAUGACAUCAGAAUACACCACAUGACUACGUCGGGAACGGUUGUUGAGGAGGAUAUCAAUGUAGAAGCUCAAGAAUGGAUGGUUCUAAAACCAAGAAUAGUCUCAGAAGCCAUUGAGGUGCUUCUUAAUGUCGACAAUUAUAACUGUCUAGUGGUAGACACAAGUGAUGUCAUUGUCGGUGUUUUAAGACACAUCCAACGGUGGAAUUAUUCUGCCAUACUCAAUGAGUAUCGUGUCUAUGCCAAUAAAACCAGCUAUCGGGCAGAGAUUUAUCUUGAACUAGUUCGAGUGGAAUUAGUAGAGCCACUAUCUUGUCCCUCAAAGACAGAGGAGGACCCUGUGCUACACUCAGAAUCGACCACUGCGGUAUCACCGGGCGCCCCAGCGUCCUCCAUAGACGUGCUACCGUCCUCGCUUUCCCGUUCUCCCCAAAUUCCCUCGACGCUUCUGCGCGCGGCAGAGCAGCGGCGCCGCCAGAAGCCGUCCGUGCUACCGCCAUCUGCACCACUCUUAGUGGGUCUUCCCUUGACGGUGGCGCUCCCACCGAGAGAGAAACGUCCUUCUUGGCUUGUAAAAUUGCUGGGACAGAAUAGAUUGAUUGGAUAG